CCUUUGUGUUGUUGCGGCUGUGCUCCAUCUCCAAGCGUGUCUUUCCGGCGAGGGGAGGGUUUUCUCGUCGAAGCGCGGACGGAGAUGGCGGCGGCGACGGCAGGGUCGGCGGCACCGGCGAAGGAGGUGGUGGAGAAGAAGGUGGAGCUCAUGAAGGAGAUACGGGCGCACGAGGUGGCGAUCGCGGAGCUAGACAACCUGAAUCCCUCCCGGGCGGUGUACCAGAAAGCUGGCAACAUCUUCUUUCGCAAGAGUGUCAAAUCAGUGAUCACAACGGAGCAGAAGCAACUUGACCAAGCCAAGGCUCGGCUGAGCAAGCUGAACCAAACCUGAUGGGGGCAGCGACGCUGCAAAUGUUGGCCAUUAACACAAUCGAGCAUGCAGAUCUGAACGGAAACGCUUCAUCUUCACCUUGUUUUGCUCAUUAGUUCUGCAGUUGGGACUUGGGCCUGAUGCAUGUGUAAUGCUACAUUUUUUUUUCUUGAGCUGCAGCGCUGCCAAUUGUGCUCGUGAAACUAAUUAGAGGCUAGAUUUUACUUCCACAGUUCACUCGCUUUUGUGUAUCGUGUGUGAGGCAUUACCGCAUUACAAAGCUCGUUGGUCCUGAAACAGUGACAGGAACCAAAUUCUGUGACCAAUGUAAUAAAUGUCUUGAACUCUUGUUCCGUACA